AGGGUGUAACUUAAUAUCUCCAAACUGAACAUGACAAACGUAUUAUGAAGAUCAUUUUCUUUUUAUUAAUAUGCUUGACAACAUUCCUUUUAACGUUUUCGGACUCUUCGAAUGUCGUACUGGAUCAUAAGGAAAAUCGGAAUCAAUUGGAGAAUCUAGUGGAUAUGUCGUUUUUAAAGGUAGCUGAAAACCAUGAACUCCCGCUGAACGAUUCUCAAACUUCGUCUAAUUCGGCGGAUGAAGUUGAAAGAAAUACGGCUAGUUGGAUUGAGGGUGAUAAACAAACUAACCAUAAAAAGCUUAAAGCAGGAAACUCUGCUUCUGACGCCGAAAGGGUAAGGUAUACUUUUGAAAAAGGCAUUCGAUUGCAACACCACAACAAGAAACCUUCAAAAAAAAUUCGCGACAAAAUUAGAAUAUUGAAGCGAAUAAAGCAUCAAAAUUACGAGAAAGACGAUAAACACCCUUUGGGUAAUGAACACAAAGACAAGAAAGAUGUAAAAAAACGUGAAAACCCUCAUAAAAAAAUUAUAAAUGACUUUAGUGAGCCUGACCCUAUCUUAAACAUACCCAUGGGCGACAGUGGGCCAAUAGCUAAAGAGUUUUUUGAAAUUGAUCCAGUACUCAAUAUGGUCCAGAGUAAUGUCAACAGAAGGCAUUUGGAUAAAAAUCAGACCUCGGAAAGUUCAGAUGAAGAAAGUUCAAGACUGGAGUUUGGAGAUUUCCGAGAACAAUUCAAAGCAUUUUGGUUACAGAAAAAAUACGAAGCUUUGAAUUCAACAAUCCCUGAUGGAGAUCAAGUUAUCAUGGGAGGAACACGGCCUUGGGGAGUAAAAUGUGGAGAUGCAAACCAGCACGAUAUGCCUUGGGGAACCUGCAUGUUGCCCAUGGAAUGUGACGUAAAAUAUCGUAUAUACAACGGCGACGUAUACUGCGGUCGAACUUCGUUUGUCUGCUGCGCACUGGAAGUCGUCACUUACGACAUGUACCAAGAAUUUGACGUAAAGUUCGAAGAUAAAAGCACGUCGGAAGAUUCCGACGAGGCAAACUACGACCGUCAAAGGGCACGUGAAAACCAAAAGAAACGGAGAGAGGCCAGAAAAAAAAGAAAAAAAAGAAUUAAAAAGACUAGAAAUAAUAUCACAAGGGAAAUGAAAAAUAUCCUUACUAAGUCGUACGCGAAUGCCACAAACCGGAGAAAGAAAAAAGCCAAACAGCUGCAAAGGUUUAUUAAGUUUUUAAAGACUGAGUACAAGAAGAAUCGGCAUAUGGUUCAAGAUCUUUAUGAAGAAGCGACGGUGAAAAUUGAUGCGGAACUUAUGAAGAAACUGUACGAUAUAAGAGAGAUGAAUCACAAUUUUAUGCUUAACCAGACUUUUGCGGAUAUAGUGGUGAAUGGCACAAAGAAAGGUGCAAGAAUGUUGAUCCAGGCAUAUCCGGCGCUACAAGAGUUUAUUGAUAAGACUCCACCCCUGACCCCCCCAAUUGUAGGCAUGGCAGAAAAAAACAACAAUCGUUUCGGUGGUGCACUAUCUGAACCCAAAGAUAAAACUGGUUUUAAACAGAAGGGAGACUAUUUAGAGUACGACGUGCAAUAUGGAUUUCUUUAUUACUAGUGUGCUCUUUUGAUUUGUAAAUACUUUAAACGAAUAAGGGUCCAUUCCACGGGGCUUUUCUUUUACCGUUUAUUUUGUAUAUAUCAAUCAUCAAGUUAGGUACUUUAUGUCAAUCCACGAGUCCUCGAUAAUAUUGCGAUCGAACUAAUUGAGAUUUAAUAACUUGAGUAAACGGUUUCCUGUCUCUGUGUUUACUGUUUAUCAGAACUUUUUACGAACUUAUCGAAAUUAAAAGUUUAAAUUUUUUUAAAUUAAAUGUAUUAUGCAACCUC